AUGUCUGACUAUAAUUCGGAUAUCAUCAAUUCUAAGGGGCUUCUGACAGAAUCAGAUGAUGUAUCAAACAAGGUUGUGACCCAUGUUCAUGUUUCUGAAGUUCACAGCUUCGCUACCACGGAUUCAAAGCCUUAUAUUAAUCUUGACUUGAAUCUUACCCCAGAACAGAUUGCUCUUAGAAAGAAUUGGAAAUACAAAGUUGCCAUAUUUUUUUGGGAUGCUGUUGAUAAACAUCCAUAUGAACAAAUUGCUGUUCUCAAAACUGAUUUCUUUCUAUUAUCAUCAGCUAUGCUUGGUUAUUUUAUUAAACAAAUGAGCCAGCGCUCAAUGGCGACCGCUUAUGUUAAUGGAAUGUCUGAGUAUUACCAUAUGAAUUCGGGGGAGAACGCAAACUCCUACAACACGCUUAUCAGUUUAUGGACUGUUGGAUACAUCAUUGGUCAAAUCCCAAGUAACCUUAUUUUACAUAAGGUUUCUCCAAGAUACUAUUUAGGAGGAUUGGAACUUAUUUGGGCAACUUUGACAUUGUUGUUGGUCACUUGCAAGACAUUGAAACCAAUGUAUGCCCUUCAAUUUCUUAUUGGAUUAACUGAGUCUGGUUUUUUCCCAGCAAUUGAAUAUCUUAUUGGCUCGUGGUAUUCUCACGAAGAGUUGAAUAAGCGGGAAUCAUUGUUUGCAUGUGCGGGAGUUGCUGCUUCCAUGGUCGCUGGCCCGCUACAAGAGGCAGUUUUGAAAGGAGUUGGUAAAACUAGUACAAGAUAUGCAGCAUUUCAAUGGUUGUUCAUCGUCAUUUCUAUCAUUUCAUUUCCUGUUGGCUUUUAUACCAUGUUGGUUAAUCCAAAUACCCCAAGUACCACAAAAGCAUUUUAUUUCACUGAAAGAGAUAAGCUAGUGGUUAAAGAAAGAAGAAGAAGGAUUGGAGCGGAAUUAAAUAUUAGACACAAGUAUACUUGGAAAAAAAUCAAGUCUUUUUUCAACACUUGGCACAUUUGGGUUUUCCCGUUGAUUUUCUUGGCCUAUAAUAAUAGCUGUCAAGAUAUUGGUCAGCCAACUUUCACUACCUGGAUGAAGUAUGAUUUGGGAUUGCCGUCGUCCAAAUACAAUAUCUACCCAACGAUUUUGAGUGGGGUUUCUAUUGCUGUUACUAUCUUCAUGGCUUAUAUCACCGAUUUCACUAAGAAUAGGCUCAAUGUCUUUUUCACUCAGGCAUUCUUUGUCUGUACGAUUAUUGGGUGCGCUUUGUUGGCCCAUUGGGACAUUCCUCUUGGUUUACACUGGUUCUGCUACUUUUUGAUCGGUGUUCCAACUGCCUGGGGGCAACCACAAAUUUUUGCCUGGGUCAACAAACUAUUAAGACAUGAUGAUAUGAAGCGUAAUUUUGUGGUUGUGUGCACCAACACUUUGGCAUAUGUCACUAACGCAUGGGUACCAAAUCUAGUAUUUAACACCAAAUAUCAGCCAGAAUAUUUUAUUGGUUUCACUUACACGGCUGUGUUGUCGUCUUUUGGGGUGAUCAUGACUGUUAUUGCUACUCAUCUUACGAAUAGAGAUCAGAAGAUUGAAAGGACUCAGUUGAAAGAAUUUGAAGAAGAAGAAGAUUCUUCUGCUGUUGCUACUUAG